CAACUGGCCUGGCUUUCAUUGUGGUUCCUAUGAUUCACAGCCCUCGUCUGGAAAUUUGGACACACAUUGGUUCACAGCACAGCCCAUUAUCGCCAGCCCUCCCACUCCGGCGACAUGUUAGUACGAACGCCAGAGGAGAAAAUGCCCUUCUGUACCAGAUGAUUGACCAUCAGCCGCAGAUUCAGGACUUGGAAGGGAAUGGAAGGGAAAGGCAGAUAAAGGAAGGCAGCUGUCAGAAGUGGCCUCUGGCUUGAAGUUAAACCCGUCUGCACCGCUGAGGAUUCGGGUGUUGAAAUGUCUCGAAGGAGGAACGACGGCGUCUCCAUCGUUCAGGCUCUGGCCAUGACCGUGGCUGAGAUCCCCAUGUUUCUCUACUCCACCUUCGGGCAGUCUGUUUUCUCCCAGCUGAGGCUGUCCCCGAACCUGAAGAAGGUGCUCUUUGCCACGGCGCUGGGCAGUGUCGCCCUGGCCCUCACCGCACACCAGCUAAAGAGACGACGGCACAAGAGGAAGCAGAUCACCCCAGGCAAGGAGGCCCAGAAACAGCAGCCUGUCCCGGGGUCCCUACUGAGGACAGGGAGACCCUCAUCUCUGAAGAGAGCUCCGUACCCGGGCCGGAGGGUGACGAGCCCCAGUAGCCACAGCAAUGACACCCUGAGUGGGAUCUCCUCCAUCGCCCCCAGCAAGCACUCCAGCUCCUCCCACAGCCUGGCAUCGAUGCGAGUGCCACUCUCAUCAAGCCAGGCAGCCAGUCUCGGAGCACCCUGGGAGGCUGAGGUGGUGGAAGAGGAGGAGCCUGGGAAUGCGGAGGACAACGCAGAUAAUCUCUAUGUCCUGGGAAUGGAGCUGUUUGAGGAAGCCCUGCAGAAGUGGGAGCAAGCUCUGAACAUCCGCCAGCGAAGUGGAUCCAACAUGACCAGCAGGAACAGCCUGGUCUCCCAGAAACCAGCUGUGGAGGAGCAACCCGAGGCUCGGAACAAGGGGUUUGCAGAGAAGCUGGAGACUCUCCUCCAUCGGGCGUACAACCUCCAGGAAGAGUUUGGGAGCACCAUCCCGCCAGACAGCCUGCUGCCAGACUUUGAGAGUGAGGGGACAUUAAUCCUGCCCAAUGCGGAGGGCUCCGAUCGGAUGCAGAUGGAUGGGGCCAGUGGCACCUCUGAAGAUUCCUUCUUCUCUGCAGCUGAGCUUUUUGAUGCUCUUUCGUUUGAUGGUGAAGCAUUCCCUCCCUCGAAGCCGGCGGGUCUGUAUGAAGAAGCCCUGAUGCAGGUGAGGGAGGGGCAGGUCUGCUGCAGGACCCUCAGGACAGAGCUGCUGGAAUGUUACAGUGACCAGGACUUCCUGUCAAAGCUGCAGUGUGUGCGGCAGGCAUUCCAGUUAUUGCUGCAGGACGAGAGUCAUCGGCUGUUUUUCACGGAGAUUGGAAAGCAGAUGAUCUCUGGACUCAUGAUCAAGGCAGGCAAGAGCCCAAAGGGGUUCCUGGAAAGCUACGAAGAGAUGCUGCGCUAUACCCAGAGAGGGGAAACCUGGGCAACCACCCAGAUGGAGCUGGAGGGGCGAGGGGUUGUGUGCAUGAACUUCUUCGACAUUGUGCUGGAUUUCAUCCUGAUGGACGCCUUUGAGGACUUGGAGAGCCCUCCCUCCUCCGUCGUGGCUGUCCUCCGUAACCGCUGGCUCUCUGACAGCUUCAAGGAGACGGCACUGGUGACAGCCUGCUGGUCAGUAUUAAAGGCAAAAAGACGUCUCCUCAUGGUACCAGACGGCUUUAUCUCCCAUUUUUACUCAAUUUCGGAACAUGUAAGCCCUGUUCUAGCCUUCGGAUUCCUGGGCCCCAAGCAGCAGCUCUGUGAGGUCUGCAAUAUCUUUAAGCAACAGAUCGUUCAUUACCUGAAGGACAUGUUUGACCACGAUAAAGUCCGCUACACAUCAUGUCAGUCUCUGGCUGACGAUAUCUUGCGGUUGUCACGGCGACGCAGUGAAAUUCUUCUCGGUUACCUGGGCAUUGACAGCCUAUCAGAGACCAACGGAACCUUGCCCCUUGGCAACGGGCCUUCACCGCACAACUAGAAGGCUUGUUUCUAAUCUGACUGUAUUUUUAUCCAGCGGACAGGGUCUGGAGUACUCUGGGAACUAGCCAUGAACGUUCCAAUGAUUUAACAGCUAUCCGUUGAAGAUCCAGCAAUUUUGCUUCGUCUGCAUGCCCACCGUGAAAAUCAAGCAUUUAUUUGAGAAACCGGGGAGAGAUUAAUAACUAUUUGCUGUUGUAACAUUUGUUGGUCAACUGAAUUAUGACACAAAUUUGUGGUGUUACAUUGCACUCAAAUGUACUCUACGGUGCUAGGGUAACCAAUUGAGACAAAUUACUUUUUAAAUUAUUAUUCUUUUUAUUAAUAUUAUUAAUGCUAUUGUUUCAGUCUUUCAGUACUCUUGAUUUAAACUGGAAGAUACUCAUGUCAAGCAGCUAAAUGUCUUGGUCAGAGCCUUCAUUACUGACGAAGAUAUCAGCCAAAAGGUUUUGAGCUUCUUGGAGGGUUAGAGGGAAUUGUAAGGAUGUACCCUUUUUCACUGGCCCAGCUGAGAAUGUUUAUUUAGGAAGAUUUAACUGAGAUGCCACAUCUGGUUUCCAAUGGAAGAUCCAGCUUCUCUCAUCCUAACAAGACAGAUGCUCACAGCAUAUUUUUCUUAUGAGGAAUUCUGCAUUGAGCAAUAAAAGCUGGGAUUUAAACCAGGAUCUGUUUGCUUGAACCAUGCACAUGCAUCAGGUAUGUACCUGUGGACAUGGGACUGUGUCUGAGGAGUCUAAGAAGAUUCCCAGCGGUUCUUCAAAUACAAAAUCAAUGGAGGAGACCUGACUGAGGAUCCUAUUGGAGCCAUGCAGACCGAUGCAUACUAAACCCAGAGAAUUCUCUGUUUGUUCCUAGCUUUCAUCAAAAAUAACAACACCACUUGCUGUGUUUCUUCUCAGUAGAAUGGCCAGUAUGCAGCCUCAAGCCACUAAGUUUGAAAGCACUGACAGAUGUUUUUUUUUUCAUUGUAAUAACUCCCACAUGUGAAGUCCCAAGCAUUGCUUACACCUGGGUUUGCGUCAUUGCAUCAGAUGGUCUGUUCAAUUUGAGAUUCUUUGAAAUGUGAAAUCUAUGGUUGUUGCACAAGGCCAUCCCUGGUCCUGGAGAGCCACAAUCCUGCAGGUUUUCUGGGUAUCUUUAAAUCAUCAAUGGUUAAAGACCUGGAAAAACGGUUAGUGUUGACCAAUUAAGAAAUUAAUUGGUUCAAUUAAGUAAUUGAAAACGCUGGUGGAACAAAAACUAUAAGAUCGUGCGGCUCUCCAGGACCACAGCUGGCCAUCCCUGGUCUUUACCAUCAUUAGAUGUUUUAAAUACUUUUGUUUAAGUGCAGCAUUCAUGAGCACUACAGUUUGGCUUUGCCAGACGUUACAGUAAAGUUAAUGAUUUCCAUAAGCCCAGGCAAUUUGAGGUGAAGAGAUAUGGAAAGAUCUUUCGCAGUAAAUGGAGACUCGCGGUCCUUUAGGGCUACAAGAAGAGGCCAUCACCAAAAGUGUUGGUAAGAGUUGGAUUAUAUUGUCUAUGCACCCCUCCCUCCUCUCGGAUACAGUACCAGUACAAAUUACGGAAACAACAAAUGAUUACAGCAAGACUAGAGGUUGGGAUUGUAUUGCCCAUUUUUUCUGACUCAGACCCUUUACUUGCUGAAUAUCUUGGUAUCCCUGAAUAGAUAAUCGUCUCCUCUCAAGAAAAAUAUGCUAAAUGUUUUAAUGAGCAAGGCAUCGCACAGUAGAAUGGAACCCGAAAUGUUAAAAUUUUUCUAGGAAAGCAGUACAACUGGGGAUGGGGAGUUUGUUGCCCGAUAACUUCACUCAGUCUACUUGCUCACUAAAUAUCUUGUUGUCCCUGAAAAGGUCAUUCCCACCCCUAGUAUUGCUUGAAAUCAUUUGUUGUUCCCAUAAUUUGUGCCCGUACUGUAUGUACUUUACUCUACAUAGUGUAUAUGUUAGAGGACAAUCUAGGAAUCUUUAUAUCAAUCAAUAUCAAUCUUUAUUCCCAUCUUCAUUCUUGACUCCCCUUAUGUUGGUAGUAGCUCCUAGCUGCAAUACAAAUGGUUGUUAUAGCCCUGGGUAUUUGACUUGGCUUCAUAUAAUGGUAAAAACUAAAAGACAACCAUGCUUCUUCUUAUUUUUGUUUCUGAUGUAUGUGUAAGAGUUAUGAUAGUUUACAAUAGGGAAGAGUGUAUUUGAUUUAAUUUACCAGCACACCAUUUUGCCAUAGACUGAACUGAGACUGGCAGCCACAAUCUCUUGGCUGCCAGUGACUGGCAUUAUAACCAGAAGGCAACGAUGCCUCCUAUUAUUAGUCUGUUUUAUCUUAACCCUUUAUGACAAUAAAAAUACAUAAUUGUGUAUGGAAGGCACUAACGGGUUAAAAUAAACAUUUACAUUGUCAAAUUGUUUUUCUGCACAGACUCUCAUUGUAUUUGAACACAUCAAAUGUUAUUUUAUAGUCUUGAUAGCAGAAGAAAAUCACUGCUUCUCCUAGUAGAUAUUGUAUAUAAUUUUUGAUGACCUAAAGCCAAACGUCCAUGUUAAGAAAAUGAGUGGUGUCAGGUAUUAUGUUUCAAAACUGAUUCACUGUUUUAAUAAGCCUUUGAAUGUAUGUUUUAAAAAUUAACGAAUUAUUUAAUUUAACAAUAAAUGUAUCCUACUUUUCCAUGUCAGUCUAAAUAAUCUGAAAGGUGACUAAGUCUUUCUAUAUUUCUAGUCUGCUGCCAGGGAAUGACAGAUUGAAUUCUAUGUUCCUUUUUUUUUCUUAGUGUUUUACAAAAAAAGGAUGUGAUCCCGUAUGACAAACUAAUCAGAACGCUUGUCAAACAGUAAAUCAGGGUUUUGUCUGAUAGGCCCUUGUUUUUUAUCCUGUGGACAGGGUCUGGAGUAUUCUGGGAACUAAAGGGAUAGUUCUGCAGUGAUCUGUAAAAUAAGGUGCAGGAGACAGUAAUAAUAAGCCAAAUAGUUACUGAUCCUCGGGGUGCCCUGCGGAACAAGCAAAAUAUAAAGUUGGGUUAAUAUGUCCUGUAUUCCAAAUGGCAAGGCUAAUCCACUUCUCUUUCAGUAAUGAAACGAGUUUCAGCACUACUGGCACGAUUUUCUGUGCUUGACCCAGAACUGAAAAGCAUGUGGAAGCUCUCAUGUCUCCUGCAGCUAAUCAUGAUUAACACACUGCAGGCCAAUGGAAAAAGUUUUGAAAUACUACUGUUUAUCACAACUGCAUGUUUUAUUUCCCUAAAAUGCUAUUUGUCUUUCUGACAAUACCCAGGAGCUGCACGUGUGCUCAUAAAUUCAAGUGUUCCUUGCACAGAAGUCUAGAUUCGACUCCAUUUUGUUAAAAUCCCUUUUGGUGCUGUUGAAUCUAAAAGGCUCAUUUAACACAGAACAUGUUUUGAAAACUUAAGCAGCUUUCAAAUUUUACAAUCUGGUCCAUUUGUCUUUCUCGCAGAAAGGCCUCAGCUUGAUUGCUGGCAUUGUGUACAUUAAUAUCGACAGGAAAUCCUUGCUUGAUUGCUGGCAUUGUGUACAUUAAUAUCGACAGGAAAGUUCCUAUUACAAUAUAUUACCUCCUACUAUCUAAUGAAGUAUUCCUAUGGCAGGUUAAUGCUCCAAAACAGAGGAAAAUGUCUAUCUGUAGUUGAUGGCAUUGCUGUGAUGGAUGGCUUUUGGAACAGCAGGACAUUUGAUGUAUUUUCUUCUGUGUAAGUGCACAGGACAAGAACAGGAACGUCAUAACAGUUCAGUUUUACACUGGCAAUGCUGUACAGGCUAAAUAUAAUCCUGGAGUGCUGGCAUUUUUUAAUCUUAUCUUGUAAAAGCCUAUGCAAAGCGUUCUGACACCAGGCCAGGGGGGAUCUAAACAUGGCACUUUCCUACUUAAAAACUCUGUAUACUUUCUCUGGGGAAAAAACACAUUUACAUCCCCCUUCCCCUGUUAUUUAUUUAAGCCAGUAUAUAUGUGUGGACCCGUCCACUGACUUCAGAUGCUGUGCAAGGAUACAGUGGUAUUUAAAGUUGAAAAUGUGAAAAAUCUUGCUCAUUUUUAAUGUUACAAAACUUGAUGUGGGGUUUUAAACCAGGUUUAUAUUCAGUUUUGUAUAUUUCAAUUUGUACUAGAGCCCGUUUCAGUGCAUUUUUACUGUUCCGAUCCAUGUUUACAAGUGACUUCUGACUCCCCUCUUACACCCUAGGCAGCUUGUUUUGACCAUGAUUCUUAGAACCAUUUUUAGUCUAAUUCAGCUUCAUAAAUCAUAAUCCUUCCCUGAAUGUAAUUGUGUGCCUGCUUUCCUUUUUUUUAUGUUUAACAUUUUUGUUCUGCAAAUAUUGUGCAUUUUCUUCUUUUCGUUGUGGUGCCCUAAUUUGAUACGUUCUCGGUUUUUGUUGGAGUAUCUUCAACGAAUGCAUACAAAUUCCAAUAAAAUGUAGGAACCAUCAAA